AAAGGGUCCUUUGCCAUCUUGCUCUCUCGCGUGAGGUGACGAAGAUCCCUUCUUUAGCCCGAGCCAGGCUUCUUCUUCUCUGCUCCCAACUAUCUCUUGUACGCACACUCGCUCACUCACUCAGACAACCGUUUCAUCAUGUCGAACCCAGCGCAAGGCUACAAGCUCUCUGGCCUCGCCGAGGCAGGCGGAGGCGCUAGCGGCACAACGGGCGAGAACACCAACCAGACGGCAUUCGCAAACCCCUCCAAGGGCCCCGCUGAAGGGCCUGCACAAGAGGUAGCCGGCACGCUUCCCCAAAACUUCAGCUUGGGGCCCACCAAGGCCGAGUCCAAGGGCAACGCCGACGUCCGGACCGUCCCGCAGGCCCACGACGUGGAUGAGCCCGCCAACAAGCCCCACUUCCAGGCCCAGGCAAACGACUCGUCCAAGCCAGUCAACUCCACGCAGACAGACCCGGCCGACAAGGACUUUAUUGCUUGA